AUGCCUGAUAUCAGAGACGAAAUCAAAGAAAUUGCUGAUUUAGGAAAGUCAUUACCUGGAGAGGGAUUCGAUGAUAUGAAUGAGGACGAUAUAAAUCAGCUAUUUGAAUCGCGUAAUGUUGAACUCACUGAAAGCGAACUCAUACAACUGACGGAGAACAAUUAUGAAGCUCAAGAAAAAGGUGAAGAUGAAGUAUUCCCGGUACCAAAGGAGUUGACGUUGAAAAUGCUUAAUAAAUGUUUUACCAUGGCACACGAUCACACCGAGCUGUUAAUCAGGGAAGAUCCUACAAUGGAAAGAAGUUUAAAAACUAAACGAGAGGUUUUUGCAGCAUUGGUACCAUACAAGGAAGUUGAGAAGAAUUUACGCAACGAAGCUAAACAGUCAAAAAUUACGUCUUAUUUUUCUAAAAAUUAA